CAGCCAAUCAGCGUGCAGUACUCAGCGUCUAAACACAGAAAUCAACGGCUGGGUUUUUGUGAAUGUUUUGGUGGCGAUGGAAAUACUUGAACCUCAUUAAUUCCCACUAAUUUUAUCCUUUAUGAAGGAAAAUACAUCCCUAGGAACUCUUGUAUUCCUACUUUAAAAGUUGGUCAACAAGCAAGAGACAUACUGUAUGAGAUGACUAUAGGUGAUGAUGAUAAGCCAGUCCAUGUACAUGUCGAUAGAAACACUCCUGUCCAUGUACACCUCAAGAAGAAAAAGAAAGGAAAAAAUAAAGGUGCACCAACAGCUGUUGAGGAAAGAUUAAGAGCAAGAGACAGAAGGAUGACAGGAAUUCUUACCAAACCCUCUGGAAGGUCAAGUAGGAAAGGAACCAGAUCAGCCUCACCACCAUUUAUUCCUGCACCUGCAAAGACAACAAGGGGACGCUCGCCGUUGAGAUGGGAGAACCAAACGCAUGCAUUAGAUGUCAGUCCUCCAAGCAGGAAUGGUGGUCUACGAAUGGAAGAUCUUUCAUCUUCUGAGGAGGAUGAAGUGUAUGGAAGGAUGAGGAAUUAUGAAAACAAAAUCAGUAGUUUAAUGUCAGAAGUUGGAACGCUUAAAAAUGAGGCUGAUUUACAAAAGACACUAAGAGAUGUUGAAAAGAAGGACAAACAAAUUAGUGCAUCAAGAAAAAUACUUGAAGAUCAAGAAAGAGAACUGAAG